AUGAUUCGUUUUGGUGCCCAAAUGAUUGGCAGUUGGAUGAGGAACAGACCUGGGUCAAUAAGUAGCGUGGGAGGGCCAUCAGGUUCAUUGAGGGCUGCGAAGGGAAAGGAAAAGGUUUCAGAAUCUAUCCCCAUUGAAGCUCCAGCUGUGCCAUUUAACAUCGUUGACCAACAAGAUCUGAUUGAGAGAUUUCCUAGCCCUGCGACCAGGAUUUUGCAGGAUCCUAUUCCUGCUAGUGUCAGAGGCGAGGAUAUUGAUGCUGGGUCGCGGAUUCUCGGAGAUUCUCAGCUUUCAGUGAUGGGUGUACAGGUGGGGUCCAUCCUGCCUACUACGACUGUGACCGCGUCUUCUGCAGUCCAAUCCAAUGCUCCAUCUGUCCAGUCUGCUACUUCGAUGGUCCCCAAGCGAUCAGCCAGGAUUGAUGAGUCAAUGAGUCCUCAAGAUGUUGGUCGUGAUUCAUCUAUGCCUGCUUCGAAGAUUCUGAAGCCAUCCCCCGAAUCAUCUCCUGGGAAGCCCUUAGGUUCAACCGCCGCCUCACCUUCGGCAUCGCUAUUGGUCUCUCCACUCGCCAGGAAAGAGGUGGAGAAAUUGGAUGCUGCCGAUGUUGCUCAAAUCCCACAUGGUGGUCCCUCGCAGGCAGGUGUUAGUAUGGAAAGGGAUUCUUCAGUGGAUAGUCAGAAGAAUUCGGUGGCAAAGCGUGCUUUGUUUAAGAACAAUGCCUCCGAGAAUAAGAAAAUCUCAAUAUCACACUUUGACACGUUCAUCACGGCCAAGGAAAUCGUGCUAUCAGACCAUGAAGCAAUUAGGAUCCAGAGAUAUAACUCGACCCAUUUUUUAUCAGGAACAGGGGAGCCUUGA